AUGUAGGAAAAUAAUCCUAUUAAAAAUAAUGUGUACACGGGUAUACCUCAAUUGCUUUGUAAACAAGAUAAUGUUGGAAAUAUAUAAAUGCAUUAUAUUUCUUUCGUCAGUUGUUGUAAUUGCUGGUGACGUUUGUUACUAUAACAACGGAUCACAUUAUGGGCAAAUCAUCAUGUGUCCGGCAUCUUGUUGUGGAACAGGCAAAAACCCAUGUUGUAUUGAAUCUUACUCCAGACUGCCAUAUGUCGUAGGAGCUAUAGUGUCUGUAGCAUUGUUGUUGGUUUGUUUGAUCGUUUGUUGUGUUUAUAGAGCACAUACAACAGCAUACACAAAACCUCUACUCUUACCUCAGGAAAAUCAAGAACAACAUUUAUUGGAACUGCGACAGGCAAGUAAAGAGUACCAUAUUGUUGUAUUCAGUGGGAAACGGAAUACAAAACUUGAACUGCCACCUCGUUACAGCGAUAUAUAUCCUCAAUCAGAGUUGUCAACAAACACGUCAGCUGAUAGUGCUAGUAUAAGGAGGAAUGACUCAACGAGAAGUUCAUCCCUUUAUGGAUCAUUAUUUCGGAACAGUAAUAUGAGAAAUGCUUUUAGACGUGGACAAGUCAAAGAACCUGCCUCAUUCGAAAGAAACCUAUCUGUAAAAUCAACUCAGAAAUAUAUCGCAUCUGAUGUUAAAGUAUCAGACGAUAAACCUUUGACAUCUGAUAACACUUCCAACCAAACGAGGAGACAUAGCACGACACAUGCAAACAAUCAUCCCGAUCGAUCUAGUUUAAUGUCUUCAAUUGCUGCUUCACUUCCUUCUCUGUUUAAACCUACAAAAAUGUAAAUUUAUCAUAAUAUGGAAAUAAGCAUGUUUAUCAUUGGGGAAUUUCGUUAACUCAUCUCUUUUUUAUGCCAAAUUGAGCUGUUGACAUAACUUGUCGUCCAUCGUCAUUUUUAUGCACUCGGCCCUCAUUGACUGAGACAUGAUUAUCCAUAUGGGUCAGUCCUUCAGUCAUUCUGAAAUCCAAUAAUUAAAUAUAACACUGACAAAACUGAAUACAUUUUAGGAAGAAACGUCGAACUAAUGAUUUAUCCCUCUUGAUUAAAAAAAUAAGGAUAUUUGGUACAUGUAUGAAUAAAUAAGAAUAAAAGGAGGAAGUUAGAGCAGGGUAUAAAUUUACUACCGAUGUUUAUGUCCAAAUUCUUAAAUUUUUGAAGGUAUAAGAAAAUCUUUCCUGGUGGAAACUGACUGGUUAACAUCAAAUCUACCCACCUCUCGUAUUUUUUCGGGCACGGUCAUUAGAAGAGAACAAAGAUACGAAGGGGAAGUAAAAAAGAUAAGUAGUUGAAAAAUCGAUAAUACAAUACCAAAAAUAAAACGACGAAAAACACUACACAGAAAACUAAAGACUGAGCAACACGAACUUCUACCAAAAUCGGGAAAAAUGGUAAGCAGAUCCUGUUACAUUAGUGGCACACAUUAUGAUGCUCAUGACAAGUAAAAGGUCGGUGGUAAGUCGCAUUCGGCGAUGUCAUAAUAGAAGAAAAGAGUAUUGGAUUGUGACUACAACAAAAGGAAUAUAUCUUUAUGCGACACAGAUAUUCCAUAACGGUCAACCAAAUUAUGAUGGCGUCCGUAAAACUUAAUUAGUAAUGAACAUAAGGUCAUAAAGAAUGUAUUCUUCUAAUGUUUCAUUCUCGUUGAAAUUUCGUUCGGGAAUUAUUUCCAAAACAUGUGAUACAAGUGGAAAAUAUUAAUGAAUUUGAAAAAAAAUAUUAUAAUCAAACUAAACUCUGUGAAAAAUUGUGUACUUACAAUAAGCAGUUUUUGAGUAAUAAAAUUUUCAAAUUUUAUAAUCAACCCGGUCAGUGUCAUCAGCCAAAAUGAUGAGAAAAUGUAUGAGGGGUACAAAAAAAAUGAUUUUACAAAAAUUUGAA